CCACUUUCUUAAAUAAAGACUCGGAAGCACGCCCAUCCCACCACUGUCACCUCCAACGCCCCCCGAUCUCUGGAAGGGAAGAGGUCAGAGGAGGAAGAGAUCUAUGGCGAUUCCAGUCGAAGAAGCCAUUGCAGCUCUUUCAACCUUCUCCUUGGAGGAUGAGCAGCCUGAAGUACAAGGACUAGCUAUUCUUAUAUCUACUGAAAGAUGCGCCACUAAUAGUCCUAUUGAAUUUGGUGAUGUUGCUGCAUACCGUCUCUCUCUUGCAGAAGAUACGAAGGCUGUUAACCAAUUGAAUACCUUGAUCCAUGAAGGGAGGGAGAUGGCAUCUUUGCUUUAUACAUACCGUAGCUGUGUUAAAGCUCUUCCUCAGCUGCCUGACUCUAUGAAGCACAAUCAAGCGGAUUUAUAUCUCGAGACCUAUCAAGUUCUUGACUUGGAGAUGAGCCGCCUUCGUGAAAUUCAGAGAUGGCAAGCAUCUACUGCUUCCAAAGUAUUUGCUCUCUACUUUCAUGCUCAUCACAUGCGCCUUCUUUUCCAGACUAUACCAUUUUAA